AUGAACGCCAUUAUAUUCACUUGUUUGGUGCUCUUCUCGACCUUAUUGAGAGCACAAGACGUUGCGCCAAUCGAAUGCGACUUGACUAACUAUACUACAGUGAAAAACUGUGAGGUGUUGACCAUUAAUACAACUGAAGGUCAGGAGGUGGUCUUUAACUACGAAAAAGACGGAGCAGCCAACACCACUGUUGAACUUAAAGUGAUUAUCCAAGCUUAUACCAAACUUAAGAUCACAAGUAACAACCCACUCAAUUUAGAGUCCAACAAAUUCUCUGAAAACAUUUGGGUAGAUGCCACCGUUAAAAGUGUAAAGACUGAAGGUGGAGCGACAGUGACCACUCAGACUGCACUCUUCGCUUCGCCAAAGGACGAAAACGAUGGACUUUUUAAAGUACAAUGUAACACCGCAUCGGGAUGGAAUAGAUACUUCAUUAAAGCACAAACAGCUGGUUCGUUAUGUACAUGUACUGCAAAAGUGUCUGGAGACCCACAAACUACAGCAUACACUGAGUACGACUGUGAAUUGAAAAAGGACGAAGACAACAAUGGGGUUGCACUUUCUACAAAUUGUCCAAAGACAUUGACCUUCACACACCAAAUAAAGAAAAUCACAAUAACGGACGACGAUGAUUGUACUGUAAACUUCAAUAAGGAUCAUGACUAUGAAAUUUCUGUUGACACAACAAGAACUAAAAUUGUGAUUCUGAGUUCAACUGUUGGUUCUAGAACAAAGAAAAUCCAACUUCUUAAUGCUCAAUGCGGCAUCUUCGUAUCAGACAUUUCUGUUAAUAUUUCAAGUUCAACGUGCAUAUCAAAUGAUGAUAUUGUUAUGUACAUUAAAGCGGGAAUAAUCACUGAAGGUUUCCAGCCGCUGACAUGUGGAUCCACAUACAACAGAAUUUACAAGGAUUCAACAAAGGGAUCUUGUUCCUGCACUUUGGUUGGAACAGAAACCUCAUUCGAUCAAACCAAAUUUAAUGAACAUGACUGCAAACAGUCAACUAACUUCAAUCAGUUUGACAUUGACAUUAGAGAUAAAGCAGCUUUUACUUAUGAUACGGCCAUUACUGUUAAGUCUUUGACAUCAACCAAGGCUAUUGCUAUUUCAUGUACUUCCACUGAAACGCCACUCCCAAAACUGACAAUCACCGAAGAGAAACAAGAGUUAAUCGAAAGUAUCACAAACGCAGACAUCAAUAUCGCCACAUUAACUGCUCCAACAGAUGAAACUAAAGCAAAUACAAUCAGUAUAACAAAGUCCACUGUAUAUUUUGGAAAGGUAAAUGGAAAACCAACUAAACACAUUUUUGAUGUGGUUGGUACUUCUUCCACUAUCAAUAUCAACGCAAUAGAAGGAAGUUGUCAAAAUGAUGAGUGCGAAUUGGCUUUUGUAACAAAGGGGACAAUAAUAACGAAACCAGAGGGUGUUAUUUUUAUUAAGGGUUGUACUAAUUGUAACAGAAUCUUAUACACAUCAUCCUCUUCAUCACCAACAUACUCCAUAACAUGUACAGCUGACAAAACAGCUGAUACUUUCGAAGGGCAAUUUACUGAUAGAAUGUGCCCAUGUUCCACUGAUGAUCAAAACACAAAAGAGACAUCAUGUUCGUACGCAACUUCUCUUGCAGCAAUUACCUUAAAAGGAAGAACAACUCUCAAAGAGAAUUUGGUGAUCAAUUCUGACUCCGACACCACUUUGAAUGACGUGACUGCUAUAAACCAUCUUGAAACUACAAAGGCACAUCAAGUCUCAGUAAACAAACUUGCUUCAGCCGAUAACGUGUCUGUCACUGAAUUGAAGGCUGUUACUGGUGGAUCUUUCAAGUUUGUUGAUAAGGUUCUCCUCACGACUUUGGAAUCCGAUGUUUAUGUUAAAACUGGAACAAUAGCAACACACACUUUUGGAAAGAAUACAAUUUAUUUACUUGAAAACGCCGACUUUACCAUCACGGCUUUGACAUACAACAGUGGGUCAGCACUCAGUGGUAUUGCUCAAGCCGACUCAACAAAGAAAUCAUCACUGACUAUCACUGAUUUCUCUUCAACUGAGACAACGAGAGAAAUUGUGUUGUUGGAUACUGUUGGAAGAUAUCUUACUCUGAAACAAUCCGCUGGCAAAGACUUCUUGUCUUGCGACAACUUAAUGUUAUUCACAAAGAAAAGUACCAACUGUGAAAUGUACCAUGAAUUCUUCCAUUUCUGUACCGCAACUACAAACUCUGGCACAACCACAGCUGACUGUGGCGCUUUUUCAUUACCACAACAAUUGACCAUCCCAGCUUCUGUAUCGGGGGAGGUCGAAGUCAGUAACACAGUAGAUAAAAUCAUUUGCCAAGGUUCUUCAUGUUCUUUCAAUUUGAAAAAGGAGAUGAAUCCAUUAAUCACAACAGAUGCUAGCACUGAUCUGAGUGCUGUUGCCACUCUUGGUGCUUUUGGUUAUAUUCUCUCGGUGAGCAAAGUUGGUUCUCUUAAUGUCAAAGGGGAGUCCACAAGGCUCUCGGUCGCUGGAAGUGUCCAAACUUUGGAGUAUUCAGGAAGCUUAACUCUUGUGAGUUACAGUGGAGAGGAUUUGACUGUACACACCAAUUUGGAGGUCAGGUCUUCUCUUGUCCUCGCUGGAUCUUUGAUAGUAGAUGAGAUAUUCACAGCGAGUGGUGCACAAGUUUCAGUUGCUGGAACGAUGACAGUAAAAGAAAUCAAAGUCUCACAGACAACUCAUUUGAAGGUUGGUGGAGCCUUUAAUGCGACCACUUUGAGUCAUCAAGAAACUGGAACACAAUGUUUCUUGUUAUAUGACAUCACUUCAUUUACUGGUGCGGUUAAACACGCGAAGUCUUGUUUGAAAACAACUGCUGAAACAACUAAGGCUUGUUACACACAAAGCGGAUCUGUAUUUUUGGACCAAAGUGCUGCUUAUCGUAAUGAUCUAUCACAUGGAUGUGCUACAAGUACAGACGACGUCAUUGUUUCAAGUGGUACAACUUUAGUUUCUAGUUUGGGAACGCACAAAUCAAUUAUUAUUGAUACCAAUGUUGAUAUCAACAGUGUAAUGAAAGGAAUUUCUUUCUCAUUCACACAAGCCACUCCAGCACAUAAGUUGGCACUUUAUUCUGAUGAAUCGAUUGAUGUUCGAUCGACACUUUCUGCAGAUGCUACAAAAGAUGGGUUCGUCACAAUUUACAAGGGAGGUAACAUCAAUUCAUUUAAUAAUAUGAAGAUUAUGACGACAGAAGCAGUUGAAGCACAUGAUAUCAUUAAUUUGGAACUUGGAGUUGAUACCAAUGCAGUUAAAGUAAGCAACGGCGAUGAUAAGCAAUUGAACGCAUGGUCAACAAUUACACAAACAUUGUUACCUUCAAUAUUCUUUACAGGAACUAGUUUAAUAGUUCCAACAACGAACACUCAAGAUCCACUUGUACAACUUGCUAAUUUGAGAACAACUAUUGGAGCAGAUAACUAUAUGAAGUGUACCGGACUUGUAUUUACUACCUCUGCGGCUGCUGAUGAUUAUUACUGUGAAAAUAGUUGCACUAUAACAUCAACCGAUUUGACUCAAUGCUCAAAAUGCGACAACGAGUUCUGUUUCAUUACCCUUGACUUGACUGGGUCAACAACGGAUCCCGCCAAAAUAACAACUCAAGCAACUAAGCUGUCGAUCAUUGGAACUGGUACUCAGCGAACAGUUUCAGUAGACUCCGCUAAAAUUACAAACAUUGAGAUUCAAAGUGGAAAGGUGAAACUUGUAGAUGAUAUUGCAAGAGUUGAUGUCAUGGCUGGUGAAUUGGAGUUCGCAUGUCCUGCAACUGCGACCAACAAUGCUUAUAUCGUUGGUUCUGAUGGCGCACAAAUCAAAGUAGUCAACAAUGAAGAAACUGCUUACAAAGUCUGGAGUUUCAAUGUAGACUCUCUUGAAAUCUCUGGAAAUUUGAAUGUUAUCGGCGCUUUUGUAGCAAAAUCGUUGACUGUUUCCUCCGGUAAAAUCCAAGUUGGGUCUAAUGUAAACAUUGCUGCAUUGAACAUACAAAGCGACUCAUAUCAGUCUUCUGCUCUCUUCAUGGCUGAUGAUGUACCAACACUCUUUACAAUUAAUUCAGUCAAUACUAAUGACAGAUGUGCAUACAUCGCCAAUUUCCAGUCUUCUACAAGAACGUUGAGCGAUGUCAAAAUCACUGGAAGUGAACUUGAGAAGAGAAUUUUCUUUACUUCAUGUACGACUAAACCAACUGUUGCUGAGUGUAUCGUGGCGACUGGAAAUACAAAUGUCGACUUACAGGAAAGAACAAUGUACACCACCCCGGGUAUCUGUGACGGUACUGAUUUCACAAUUCCAAUCAAAUUUGAGGAUACCGGAGACACAGAAAUCACCAUUUCUGGUAUAGAAAGUGACUUGACUAAAAUUACAUUGCCAAAGAACGCUAUUUUGAAGACACAACAAACGUCGAAGAUUCUCAUCAAAGAACUUGUUGUUGGGUCUAAAGUCACUUUGGAAAGUCCAUUUAGCUUCCAAACAUUGACUGUUCCCUCUGAUGUGACUUCUUCUGUAUUUAUCGUGUUACAAAGUGUAGAGUUUAGUGGCUUCUCCGAUAAAAUCAAUCUUAAGUUGUCAACCACUUCCGAUAUCACAUUCAACAAUGAAGUUACUGUAAAUGAAAUCGAUACUACAGACGCUGUUUCUACUGUAGUGCAGUCAAAGAACAAAGUUACUGUUAACUCUCUUAAAUUUACUUAUUCCCAAGAUAUCACUUCUGCUCUUUUGAAAGGAAACUUCGAUGUAAAGGCUGUUGAAAUGACGGGUACAUCCACUGUUUCAGUUCCCGUUGUGCAAAUGACGAGUGGUACAAUUAACACAGUCAGUCCUUUGAUUUCUGGAUGCAGAAACACAUUGUUGUUUGCCAAAGGAACUGAUUCGUAUGUAUGCCCUGCACCAUAUAGUGCCUCAACUAGUGACAACCAUGAGACUGCUUCUGACUUUGUACAGCAAUACAUUUACACUACAUCUGCCGACCUUACCCUCAAUGGAAACACAGGAAAGACCAAUGGCUAUGAUAUUGUUAAUGUCAAUGGGGAUCACACGGUGACAAUUUCUAAUUCUGGGGUCUAUAAAUUAGUAUCAACAACAGGAACAACCAAAAUACAAUGCACAUUAUCUUGUGAUGUGCUUCUUAGUGGUGCUUUUGAAAUCAUUUCAGACAACGUGGUGAUCCAAGAAAGUGGAGAAAGUGCCGAGGUAACAGUAAAAGGCGUAAAAGCUGUAGUGAAUGGGUUGUCUUCUGAUGUUUUGAGUAUCACUAUGGAUGGAGGUAUCUUACAAACUAUUGGUGGACAAAGCAGAUUUAAGGAUUUGACAUUAAAUGGGGAUUCUCUAGUUAAUGCUACAUCUUCUUUCGAGUUGACUUCCUUGACCAUUAACUCGGGAAAGAUUGUGUUGAAUAACAAAUCCAAUUUUGUUGGUAUAACUACUUUCUACUAUAAAGGUACUUCUGCUCUUACAACAUGCACCAAUUUGAUCUCUUAUUCUAAUAACGCUAAUAGAGGAGAUUUGGCGUUCAGCAUUGGAACUAUUUCACAAUUAGAUUCUAAUGAUAUUGUGAUUACACAAUGCGGUGGGACUGAACUGAAAGUCUGUAAAGCAACGACGACAGCAUUUGAAUGUCCAGAAUUGAACUGUAAAGUUGAAAACUCGCCAACAGCAUGUUACUGCCAAUAUGACUUGGUCACUAAACAAACGUGUACUUUCAAUUGUGAAACUAAUGAACCAUGCACUUUCAACGAUGAUAAGUCAAAGGCGUUGUUCCAGUCUAUUACCUUUGUGAAUACACUCACAUUGUUGUCUACUAUGUCGGUGUACGACUUCACAUUAACUUCUGCGGACACAGCUAAGACCAUUGAUAUCUCUUCAUCGCUCAAUAUAUAUACAAUGAAUGUUGUUGAGAUAUCUUCUAUUGCGUUCACUGGCGUUUCAUUGAAUGUUGAGUCACUGAAGAUGACUGGAGGCAAUCUGAAUUUGAAGAACAAACUUAGCACAUUCAAAGCUGUCAACUUGAAGAGUGGGGCUAUGUUAUUAGAAAAUCAACUCACUAUCCCAUCUACAGAUGUCGUUGUCGAAGUCACUGGAGCUGCUGCUAUCCCACGCGAGUUUGUUAUUGACUCGAUGACUGUCGACUUUGCUAAAAGUGGAUACGUCGAUAUUAAAGGUGGCUUGAAAGACGAGAAACCGAUCAACAAAGUUAUCAUCAAAGACACAACAUUCAAGGUGGAUGUGACUGAUCUGGAAGUGAACACCAUUUCUCGUUAUUUGAUUGAAUUAGAAGAGACUGGAGAAGUCGAGUUGACACGAGUGAAAGUCGAACUUACUGGUGAAACAACAAAGAAGUGUGUUGCCAUACUUCGAGUGAACGACAUUAACAAAAUUACAUUGGUUGAAUCAGAUACACUGAAAAUAGAUACCCAAAAGUACUUAGUUUAUGUCUGCAGUGCAGAUGGAAAUGUGGAGAUCCCACCCCUCUCGUGUUCAUUGUCAACAACAGAUGAGUACUCUUCGGUCAAAGAAAGUGACUGGGAAAGAAAGACAUGCCCAUGUGAAGGUAACGAGUGUAUUAUUACUUUCCAGAAGCAGAAGAAGGUGACAUAUACAAUUCCAGACAAUACAAUCUAUGGUGGACUCUACAUAGGAUCUGGGAGUGUUUCUGGCAAUGCAGUUACUCUAAGCACUGUCAAAGUGAGUGGGAAUGCCAUCUUCUCUCUUACAUCGAGUGCUGUUAAGGACAUUCUUGUGGGUGAAACAGAAGAUAGUGCUGCAUUUAUUGCAUUUGAUCAAACUAUUUCCAUUGGAAAGAUCUCUGGAAUGACAAAAAGUGAGACUAACACGUUAAUUAUGUACAGCGGACAUUUAGUAAUCAACGAGAGUAUGACUGGUAUCAACUUGGAUGUACGUGGUGGGUCACUCUAUAAAAUUGAUGAAGAAGAAGUGGACUUCAAUGGGAACACCGUCUCUAUUGACUCUCAAUCCUUUGUGGAUGUCUACUCGAAUAAAGUCGACUUCACAAACUCGAAGCUUAUCCUCACACCAAGCGCUGGACAGAGCGCUGGUCUGAACUUUGAUGACGAUGUCAAAGGAAAAAGUAUCGACACGAUUUCUAAAAUGAAAAUCGAAGUGAAUGUCGACAAGUCAAAGACGGGAGUCCUCUACGCUUUAAUCCGUUUACCACUAGGAACGUCACUUGAUAUGCAAAUUGAUAUCAUUGACACAAAUCCAUCUCCAAGCGGUCAUUUGAAAGGAGAAGGUCUGAGAAAGGUUGCAGCAUGUGGAGGAUUUGUUGUCACAGAUAUGCCAGAUGGUAGUAUCGUGUGUCCAACUGAUAGACUUGCUCGGUCUGUCGAGACAAAGGAAUUCCCGAAAUGGACCAUUGCACUCAUUGUCAUCUUCGUUGUCGCUUUGGUCGUCGUUGUCUUGAUCUUUAUCAUAUACUGUGUUAUCGUCUAUCUCCAAAGAAAGCGUAACUUGAAGGUCUUCGAAGAGGGCGAGGAAAUCGAUGUUGAAGACGAGAAGAAAGAAGAAAAAGCAGUGGAUCAAGCUAAUUAA